AUGAGUGGAGAGGACAUGGUUCCAGGACCUCAGUUGGCUGAUAAGAUAGCCUUUAUCUUUGCUAUCAUUUUAUUCCUUUUGUGCUUGGUGGCAGUGGUGGGUAAUGGCUUAAUUACCAUGGCACUGGGCAUGGAGUGGUUGCUGCAGAGAACUUUGUCACCCUGCAAUAAGUUAUUGGUCAGCCUGGGAGCCUCUAGCUUCUGUCUGUGAUGGGUGGUGAUAAGUAAGAACGUUUAUAUUUUCCUGAAUACAAUAGCCUUCUCAUAGAACCCUGUAUUCCAGUUCCUAGCCUUUCAGUGGGACUUCUUGAAUGCUGUCACGUUAUGGUUCUCCACCUGGCUCAGUGUCUUCUACUGUGUGAAAAGCGCAACCUUCACCCACCCUGUCUUCCUCUGGCUAAAGCAGAUGGUGUCUGCAUUGGUUCCAUGGAUGCUGCUCAGCUCUGUGGGGUUCUCCAGCUUUAGCACCGUUCUAGUUUUCAUAGGCAACCAGAGAAUAUAUCAGAACUAUUUAAAGAGGGCUCUGCAACCUUGGAACGUCACUGAGAAUGCUACCUGGACAGUCCCUACUGUUGUCUUCAUGGCUGGCAUGGCUUUGCUCAUUACAUCGCUGGGAAGACACACCCAGAAGGUCUCCCUGUCCAUCUCCGGCUCUCAUGAUCCCAGCACCCAGGCACACACCAAGGCUCUCCUGGCUCUCAUCUCCUUUGCUGUCCUCUUCGUUUCCUGUUUUCUGUCACUGGUGCUCAGUGCCUCAGGUGUGUUUCCAUCACGGGAAUUCAGGCACUGGGUGUGGCAGGCUGUGAUUUAUCUGUGCACAGUAGUCCACCCCAUUGUUCUUUCCUUGAGUAACCGCAGGCUGAGAGCUGUGCUAGAGAGGGGCUGCUCCUCAGGGCAUGGGGCAUCUUGA